AGGCCAAAGGGUCAGACUCCAGAGCCUGAGCUGAAAGUCUGCAUUCUGCAACUAUAUUUCUGAGUAUUUCUUCCCAGUCAACUUUUUGCAGAUCGAAACAGAGCAUUGUUGGCUGCCGAAAACCUUUGUUGUAAAAUAAACAGAAACUGGGCAGAAUAUGAGUGAUUGAAAUCAAGUGGCUAGUUUGGGUUUCAAGAGUAGAGUAAAGCUGAUAUGGAAGCUGGAAAAGGCUUGGUGGAGAAGAGAGGAGCAAACGAUGUUGUUCUCCAUUUUUCGAGUCCUGAGGAUUCUUUUGUCUUCAAUAAGGAAAACAAUGAUUCUAAAACUUUUUCUUCAAUGACGGAAGCUAGUUCUUACUCUUCUCCUAAGAAUCUUGAGCUGAAACAGCUUGAGAAUCUUAGAGUCCAAGUCUCCACGCCCGUAACCUGUCCUUCUCCUUCUAGUGAGAUUGCAAGGAUGAGUCCCACUCCCAAUAAGCCGCCAAAAAUUCCCACUGAUAAGAAGCUUACUCCAAGAAAGUCCCUUGGAAGGUCAGCGUUUUCGAAGCCAAAAUCAAGAUUGGUAGAGCCGGCCUAUCCAAAUGAUGCCAAAUUGGUGGAAGAAAAGAGUACACAGAUAGUGAAUGUAAGUUCAUCACCUCAUCGGAACUCACCUAGUGCAGCUUCACCAAGCAACAAAGCUACUACUCCUAAAGAGAAUUUGAGAUCAGCUCCCGUUACUCCAAAAAAUCCUUUAAUCUCUCCAAGCAUAGAGGAGGAAGAUGAUGAGGAGGUUUACAAGACUGCUGAUCUCAAACUGAGUGAAAAUUCAGGUAAAAAGUGGAAGAUUUUACUUUUGAUCGAGUUUGUAGCAUUUAUUUGCAUUAUGGGGCUUCUGAUUGCUAGUUUAACUGUGCACAAGCUGGAAAAAACUAUGAUUUGGGGUUUGGAAUUGUGGAAGUGGUGUGUGUUGAUAUUGGUUAUUUUUUGUGGUAGAUUGUUUACUGAAUGGAUGAUGAAUAUUGUUGUUUUCUUGAUUGAAAAGAACUAUCUGCUUAAGAAGAAGGUUUUAUAUUUUGUUUUCGGAUUGAAAGGGAGUGUUCGGGUAUUGGUUUGGUUGGGUUUGGUUCUUCUAGCAUGGGGUUUGUUGUUUAACCAUGGAGUUAAGAGAUCAAAGAAAACUAACCGGAUUCUAAAUAAUAUUACUAGAGCUCUUGCUUCCUGUCUCAUUGGAUCAGCUAUAUGGCUGGUGAAAACGCUUUUUGUGAAGCUAUUGGCUUCUUCUUUCCAAUGUACAAGAUUCUUUGAUAGGAUUCAGGAAUCGAUUUUUCAUCAGUACAUUCUUCGAGCUCUGUCGGGUCCGCCAAUGAUGGAGAUGGCAGAAAAGGUUGGGAGCAGUACUAGCAUGGGCCAGUUGAGUUUCAAGAAUUUGAUCAAAGAUAGGGGAGGGGAAAAGCAAGAGGUAAUUGAUGUAGACAGGCUUAAGAAAAUGAGGCAAGAGAAAGUAUCUGCGUGGACCAUGAAAGGAUUAAUUAAUGUGAUAAGUGGCUCAGGGCUGUCUACUAUUGCAAAUUACAUUGAAGAUGUUGAUGAUGAGGAGAAUGAGCAAAAGGAUAAAGAAAUAACUAGUGAAUGGGAAGCAAAGGCUGCUGCUUAUCGGAUAUUCAAAAAUGUAGCAAAGUCUGGUAGCAAGUACAUUGAAGAGGAAGACCUCUUGCGCUACAUGAAAAAGGAGGAAGUAAACAAUGUGCUUCCACUGUUUGAAGGAGCUGUAGAAUCUGGAAAGAUCAAGAGAUCAACUUUAAAGAACUGGCUGGUGAAUGUUUACCUUGAACGCAAAUCUUUGGCACAUUCCUUAAAUGACACAAAGACAGCAAUUGAAGAGCUGAACAAGCUUAUCUCAGUGAUUCUGCUUGUUGUGAUCAUCAUUGUGUGGCUACUUAUGAUGGGAGUUUUAACAACCCAAAUACUUGUCUUCAUUUCAUCUCAGCUUUUACUUGUGGCAUUCAUGUUUGGUAACACUGCAAAGACUGUAUUUGAAGCCAUCAUAUUUGUAUUUGUGAUGCACCCAUUUGAUGUAGGUGAUCGCUGUGUCAUUGAUGGAAUACAGAUGGUCGUUGAAGAGAUGAAUAUUCUGACAACAGUAUUUUUGAGAUACGACAACGAGAAAAUAUUCUAUCCAAAUUCAGUUCUAGCUACCAAACCUAUCAGCAAUUUUUACAGAAGCCCAGAGAUGAGUGAUUCUGUGGAGUUCACUGUUGAUGUUUCCACAUCAGUAGAGCAAAUUGGAGCUUUGAAAGCUAAAAUAAAAGAGUACCUGGAUAGUAAGCCUCAACAUUGGCGCCCCGGACACAGUGUACAAGUUAAGGACAUUGAAGAUGUGAACAAGAUGAAAAUGGGACUCUAUAUUACUCACACCAUAAACUUUCAGAACUAUGGAGAUAAGAGCAGCCGGAGAUCGGAACUAGUCUUAGAACUGAAGAGAAUAUUCGAAGCUCUGGAUAUUAAAUAUCAUCUUCUUCCUCAAGAAGUUCAGGUCACCUAUGUUGGGUCAGCAGCAGCUUCAGCAAUUCAUCAACCUACUCGAUGAUGGCAUGGUGUCAUUAAAUACUGGAAGAUUUUAUUUGUUUCAUAUUAUUUUUUUAUUUUUUUGUUGGUGAAAAAAUAGCUUGCAUUGUUUUCCUUUUGUUGUUGGUUAAUUUCAAGUUGAGAAAUUCUUUUUGUAUUAUUUCAAUCAAUUAUCGAUUUUAACAAGCUCUGUUA